GUUUUUCAGACAAAGACGUCACAAGAGGUUACCUGUUGCUUAUUGAAAGUUUUCGAGUUAUUCGCACAAAGAUUAGUUUUUUAAUAAUAUAAUAUUGCCAAUAAAACAAAGGAUUGCGAAAAAGUGGCAAACAUUUUUUGUACGUUUUCAUAUGAGUAUGUUAUUGUGAUUGUUUUCCUUACAAUAAAACGUAACAUUUCGCAAAUAUGGACAAGUUGAAGAGAGUUUUAAACGGAAAUGACUCCCCUGACGAAGAAAGCGGCAUUAUGUCACAGUUAAACGACAGUGCCACUCUGAGUUGGUCCACUCGCCUCAAAGGCUUUCUGGCGUGUUUUAUCAUCGGUAUAUUGCUCUCAUUUCUCGGUAGUUUUGCCUUAUUCUUCGCCAAAGGAUUAAAAACGUUUGCUAUAUUCUACACAUUGGGAAACGUAGUGUCAAUGGCAAGUACUUGUUUUUUAAUGGGGCCAUUCAACCAAAUACAAAAAAUGUUUGCAUCCACAAGGGCUAUAGCUACAAUUAUUGUCAUAGCGUCGUUUAUUUUGACUCUAGUGGCAGCUUUAGCCCUCAAAAACGCCUUAUUGGCAUUGAUACUGAUCAUCAUACAAUCGCUGGCAAUGACAUGGUAUUCAUUGUCUUACAUACCAUAUGCUAGGGAUGCGGUUAGAAAAACCGUCAUGACUUGUGUGGUUUGAUAACCCUAUACAAGAUAAUAAAUUUAUGUCUAUUAUAUAUACUGUGAGACUGUCAAAACUUAUACAUAUAAUUGUGCCUUUACAAAUGCAUUUUUUGUACAUUAAGCUUCUAAUUGUUAUUUAUUUUUACUCUUGUAUUAUUUAAGGCAAGUAUUUUAUUAAUAUACAU